CCUGCAAAGUUAAAAACAGACUUUGUUUAUCCUGCAGACCGUUUGUUUGAAAUGCUCUCCGACUAGUUAACCUGCUCUCUUUUCCCCCUCUUCCUUCCUUCUCAGGCUCGUUUUUGUUUUUACUCUCCCCAGCCGUAAACGCUGAGAGGCGCGUGCAACCUUUGCAUUUUACCUCCUUCACUCGUUAGCCUUUAAUUUUUUUUAAAUUUUUUUUGUCUCGUGGUAAUUCAAUUUGACCUGCUUUUGUAUUUGUGAGUGUGUGUUUUCUUCAGCUGAUAACCGUGCAGCACGAACAAAAAAAACAACAAAAACAAACAAAAGGCUCGGGAUUUUUUCACGUGCCAUUUAUCAAAAGACUGUUUAAACACCGAGCAGCUUGUUCUGCAGACGUUUAUUCGGGGGUGGGGGGGGAUUUGUUGCUCGACAGGAGGGAGCACACGGUGAGGAUUUUUUUUUUAUUUUUUAUUUUUUCUAAUUCGUAUUAAUCGAGCAUUUGGAGAGCGCCAUGGCGACCGAAGUGGAUACGUGGUCCACCGCUGCACAGGCCGACGGGAUGUUCUCUUUUGAUGACAACCUGGCGGAGGCUAACCGUCCCUACAGCGUUGACGAAGAUCUGAAUGAGGCAGAGGUGAACGGCAACUGGACGCCUCAGGAGAAAGCGCUUCACGAGGCGCGGCUCAAGGCCAAAGCCAAGCGACGCCUGCGCAAGUCGUCAUCCCGCAACUCCACCAGCGAGUCUUUCUCUGAAUCAGGAGAUUUGGUAGGAGGUGACCCACACAGUCCAAAGGGCAAAGUAAACACCAAUGACCGCAAAUCCAGGACGGGCAAAGGCCGAGGCCUGCCAAAAAAAGGUGGAGCAGGUGGUAAAGGAGUUUGGGGGGCUGCUGGGAUGGUUUAUGAAGAUGAGGAGCCUGAUGUACGGGACCCCAACUAUGAUGAAGCUGCUCAGGGGGACACCGUUUAUGCAACUGUUGUGCCAGAGGUAGACGAGAGGGAACUGGAGAAAAUGGUCAACCCAAUUGUACAGGAGUACUUUGAACAUGGAGACACAAAAGAGGUCCAGAUGCUACUGAAGGGGCUCAACCUGGGCCCGCAUAAGUACGAGUUCUCCUCCCUGGCUGUGUCCCUGUCCCUGGAAGGCAAGGCCAGCCACAGAGAGCUGACCUCCCGCCUGCUGUCUGAUCUGACGGGCAAGCUGCUGUCACAAAGUGACAUGGCCCGUGCCUUUGACAAGAUUCUCAAAGAGCUGCCAGAUCUCAUACUGGACACACCGGAGGCUCCACAGAUGUUGGGCCAGUUUAUAGCCAGAGCCAUAGCGGACCACAUCCUCCCCAUGUCUUUCCUGGACUGUUACAAGGGCAAAGUGGACUGUGAGCAUGCCAGAGUGGCUUUAGACCGUGCCGCAGUGCUGCUGACCAUGAAGAGGGAGAUGGUUCGCCUAGAUAAUGUGUGGGGUGUUGGCGGAGGCCUGAGACCUGUCAAACAUCUCAUCAAAGAGAUGAACCUCCUGCUCAAGGAGUACCUGAUAUCAGGAGACGUGACGGAGGCUGAGCGCUGUCUGCGGGACCUGGAAGUCCCACACUUCCACCAUGAGCUGGUCUAUGAGACCAUAGUGAUGGUACUGGAGUCAAAAGGAGACACUGCCAGUCAUAUGAUGAUAAAGCUGCUGAAGUCCUUCUGGAAAACGGGCCUCAUCACUGUGGAUCAGAUGAACAGGGGCUUCCAGCGUGUCUAUGAAGAGCUCCCUGAAAUCAACCUUGAUGUACCACAUGCCCACUCUAUAAUGGAGACCUUUGUGGACCUCUGCUAUCAGGAGUCUGUCAUCACCAAACAGCUGAGGGAUACCUGUCCCUCCAGAGGGCGGAAGCGUUUUGUAAGCGAAGGAGAUGGAGGAGUGAUCAAGACCUAAUCCACAAGAGGAAGAGCAGGAAGAGGAGGGGUGUCUACAGGUCGUGGCACCCGUGUUGCCGCUCCAGCAUGUUUCCCCUCAAAGCGGGCAUGCUGGCAGUGUAAAGUUUCCUUGUUCCUCUCUUAAUGAUGUUGUCAUUAAACAAACCAGCGUUGACGUUCGGUGAAAGUAGACUGAAGCGUGGCCCGGCCGUUCAGUUCCCCUUCAUCUUGUUACUCACUGUUUUGACAUUUUUUUUGUAUGAAUAUUCUUUAUUUCUGGGGUUGAUGUGCCCCUCUUGCCUCAGUCUCUGUACCUGUUUUUCAAGAAUAAUUCAAGUGAGAGCGACAGAAAAACGAGUGGACAAGCUGGGGAGUGUGGGAAAUGAAUUGGGGUGUUUUUGGUUCUUGCUUUGCUUGCUUUGUUGCCAUGUCUAUGUUUUUCAGUUUUCAUGAAAUGUGCUAUAAAUGGAAAAAAAGCACUUAAAAGACAUAGCAUACUUCAGUGAGCACUUAAUAAUUUAGCUCAACAGCAAGGAUCUAAACCUUUUUUUCUGCCACAGAUUAUUUGAAAUAAUUUUCAUUGACAACAUGCUUUAUUAGCCUCUGAUUCAAGUGGUUCUAUCGAUCCUUUACGAACAGUGUUUUUUUGUUGUCUUUUUUUCAUUGGUUCUUGGCCUCUGAGGCCAAAUGUUCACUUUGUAAAGCACGGCAGUCAGAGCAAGUGUUUUGGCUCUGUUUGGGUGUUUAUUUGAAACAUGCAUUAGGGCCAAAUAUACUUUGGGAGCCCUUUUUGAAAAAUAAAACUAAAUUGAGGUUAAUGUGUGUAUUUAAAAAAAAAAACAACAAAAAAAUUUAAUAAAUGAAAAAACUAAACCGCAGUAUUUUGAGCACUCUGACUUUGCUUGCAAUAAAUGGAUCUACAGCUCACAUGGUCAACAAUGGACUCUGGACAGGUGACCAAAUCUUCUGUAAAGCAGAAUUUAAAAGCAGAUUUAAUCUGGAAAUUGUCUUUAAACUUGGAAUCUGUUUAUGUCUGUGAAAUGGAAACCCCACCUUUUCUUGCAGGACGAUAUGUUAAGCAUCAUUCAGACUUUUUUGCCACUGUCUGUAACAGUUUUACAUGUUGACCAAAGUAAAUGUGGCUAAGAAAUAUAUUUCAUUCAUUAAAAAAGCAUCAAAACGAA